CAGUGUAGCUAUGUUUGCGUACGAAGAUGAGUACAACUUUGCACUGUCACUAGUUAAAGAAGCAUCUUGUUUGUUUACACCUGCUUACAAUUCUCACAAAAACAUAGAAACGAAGGAAUCGUCCUCUGAUUUGGUCACAGAAACCGACAAAGCUAUAGAAGAUCUAAUAAGUAGCAAGGUUAAAGAGAAAUAUCCUGAACAUGGCUUUAUCGGAGAGGAAACAGUCUCUGCUGACGGUAAGAUAGUAUUUGAUGACAGACCCACCUGGAUUGUUGACCCAAUAGACGGUACAAUGAACUUUGUGCACUGUUACCCCCACACCUGCAUCGUUAUCGGUUUCACCGUUCUCAAAACCGUCCAGUUCGGUGUAAUCUACAACCCAGUGCUGGAUCAGUUGUUUACGGGUAGGCUGGGUUUCGGUGCACAGUUGAACGGGUGUAACACAGAGGUUGUGUUGGCUCUUUUGACGUGGGUGAAGGAGGGUGUAAAGUGA